UUCAGAUGAUUCUACUGAUGAAUCAGUGACAACAAAUACAAAAUCAAGAUCUUCAAAAAAUGCAAAAAUUGUAAAGAAAGAUUCGUCUAAUGGAAUUCAAAAAAUAAUAACAAGUAAAGGAGAAAAAUCAAAAGAGACAAAAAGAACACAAUUAGUAUCAGAAUCAGAUACUGAUACAGAUGAUUCUGAUGAUACAAGUACGGAAAAUGAAAAGAUAAAGCAUAAAUCACUUACAAAAAAAGGAAAAUAUUCUACUAUAGAAAGUUUCUUGACUACAAGUUGCACCUGAACGUUGUACUGACAACGUCUUAUAACAUCUGCCCAACAAAUUUCAGGACAAACCAACGUCUGAAAAAGAUGAAAUGAAGAAAACUAACAAGAAGAGAAAGAGACCUCAAGCCACUUCUUCUUCAUCAUCUUCAGCAGAUGAAAGUAGUAACUCAGAUGAAUCAGAAAAAAUGACAAAGAAACAAUCAAAAAAGAAGGUAAAAUUACUUCACUUACUUUAUCUACAUAAAUAACAUGAAUAACAUUGUUUGUUUUACAUAUAGAUUCAUAAAAAAAAACAAGAAAUCACAAUCAUCAACUUCUGAAAGUGAUAGCAGUACAAACAGUACCUCAACAGAUGAUAAUAAAGAAGAUAACAACAAAAACAAGAAAAACAAAGAUGAUUUUGAAGAACUGAACAGUUACACCAAACUUACAUGUAGAGACCUUAAACUUAAAAGACCAUACAAAUUAAUGGAUAUUAAAUGGUCAAAAGAAGCUGGAAGAAAUGGACCAUAUAAAAUCUGUACAGCAAAGUUAGAGUACAAAUCAAAAUUGUUCACUGUGAAGAUACCAACACCCAUAGCAAAAUAUGAAAAAAAACAAAGAGAAUUACUUAAAUCAAAAAUAAAGAAGAAGAAAAACCCAAUCUUCACAGUCAACAAGAUUACACAGAAGAAAUCUCCAAACUUUAAAGGAAAAUAUGAUUUUAUAGAAUCAGAGUGGUCAUAAACAGACACAACAAAACAAUCAUUCGUUGUUAGCUAUUUAUAAAUUUUUCAGUUACAGGACUUCUCAACUGGCGUCAAAUGCUUCAUUAUUUCUUGUAUGUG